AUGAAUGAUUCUAUGUUGUCGUCAGCAGCAGUAGUGAGACAAGAAGUAGUAAAUGAUUCAACCAUCAAUAGACUCAUUUGUUCAUUUUUUUUUCACCUCCAUAUAUAUAAUGACUGGGGUACUCAUCGCGUGGCUCCGGUAGAGGCAGAAUGGAACCUCCGGUCGCGCGAGAACUUUAAUUCCCGACGGGCCGAAAUAAGCGAAACUUUUCCACUCAAGAAAAGAUCGUGGGGGAAGCCGCCAAGCUCUCUGAAAAAAAAAAAAGCGGAGGACGAUUUCCGGAUGAGUCAUCCCAGAAUGUUUUCCUCAGAGAACCUCGCAGUAAACAGAGGGCGCAGAAAAACACGCAGUAGGAGAAAUCGAACGGGGUUAUCGGUUGCUCUAGUAACGACCUCGGAAAUAGUAGGGAGGGAGGAGGAUGGUUCCGGGAUGGAGACAAAAGGCAGAGGAGUAGUAGGAAGUACGGCGUUAAUAUCGGCGGCUCGGUAG